UGUGGUUGUGGUUUGAGUGUUCCGUGAGUUUUGUGGUUCUUGAAAUCCAGACAGAGUGAGACCUCUUCGCUGUUCUUCUCCCAUCUCUGGUUGCAGCUACAGGUUGCUCACCUGUGUGCCGGAGCGCCCGGUCACAGAGCGCGCGAGCUCUGUGCUGCAGGCUGUGGCGACGAGCGCGCGCUGCCAUUCCAACAGUCACAGAGUCUCCCCGGUGCGACGGAACGAAGCGCACGCGGCGACGACCUCCAAAUAUUAACGUUAAAACUCCACCCACCACCACCCCCCCACUCCAAAAACCGACGGCUCCAAACACACCAGCGACCGCAGCCUGGGAAUAUACCGCCGUUUGGGAAAGUGCAGCCGUUAAUGCCACGUCGACUAAAACAAACAAAGUAAAGCUUUUAACAGUUGUUUCUCUCUUUCUUCGGCUCUGUGGGUCUGGACCGCAGUGAACCAUGCUGGACCCGUCCUCCAGCGAAGACACCGGCGGGGAGUCCGACCCAGAAGUUGUUCAGGAGGCUCCGCGGAAACCGGCUGCGUCCUCGUCGGGGAAACGGGGUAACCGUGCGGGAGGCCAGCAGCGGCAGCCCGCCGCACCUGGAGGUGCCCCCGGCAAAGGUGCUAAAGACAGCAACGCCACAGGUGAAGAGGAAGAGAGGAAGGAGCGCGAGCGGAUCCAGAAGGAGGAAGAGGAGAGGAAAAUUAAACUGCAGAUUUAUGUGUUCGUCCUGCGGUGCAUAGCCUACCCGUUCAACGCCAAGCAGCCCACCGACAUGGCCCGGCGACAGCAGAAGGUGAACAAGCAGCAGCUGCAAGCGGUGAAGGAGCGUUUCUUGGCUUUUCUCAACGGGGAAACUCAGAUUGUGGCAGAUGAAGCUUUCUGCAACGCUGUGAGGAGCUACUAUGAGGGCUUCCUGAAGAGCGAGCGUGUUUCCCGGAUGGUUCAGAGCGGCGGCUGCUCAGCCAACGACUUUCGCGAAGUCUUCAAGAAGAACAUCGAGCGGCGUGUCCGAAGCCUCCCAGAAAUCGACGGCCUUAGCAAAGAGACUGUACUGAGCUCCUGGAUCGCCAAGUAUGACUCUAUCUACAGGGGGGAUGACGACAUGAGGCGCCAGCCACAGCGAGCGCACCUGAGCGCCGUGUCGGAGCUAAUCCUCAGUAAGGAGCAGCUGUACGAGAUGUUCCAGCAGAUCCUUGGCAUCCGCAAGUUUGAGCACCAGCUGCUGUACAACGCCUGCCAGCUAGACAACGUGGAUGAGCAGGCGGCUCAGAUCCGCAGAGAGCUGGAUGGAAGGUUACAGCUGGCUGAGAGGAUUUCAAGGGAGAAGAGAAACCCAAAGUUCGUCUCUGCUGACAUGGAGCCUCUUUACGUGGAGGAGCUUCGUUCGUCGGUCAACCUGCUCAUGGCCAACCUGGAGAGUCUGCCGGUGUCCAAAGGAGGUCCGGACUUUAAACAGAAGCUCAAACGCUCCUCCAUGAACAACUCCUUCCUGGACAUGGGGGACGAGGGAGACAUCCUGUCCAAGUCUGAUGUUGUGCUGUCCUUCACUCUGGAGAUUGUGAUCGUGGAGGCAGGUCUGAGGUCCGUUGCUCCAAACCGGAUCGUUUACUGCACCAUGGAGGUGGAGGGAGGGGAAAAGUUGCAGACAGAUCAAGCUGAGGCUUCCAGACCACAGUGGGGGACUCAGGGGGACUUCACCACGACUCACCCUCUCCCCUCAGUCAAAGUGAAGCUAUUCACCGAGAGCACCGGGGUCCUGGCUCUGGAGGACAAGGAACUGGGCCGGGUGGUCCUGAAUCCAACCACGAACGGGCCAAAGCAGGCUGAGUUCCACCGGAUGGUCGUCCCCAAGAACAGCCAGGACACAGAGCUGAAGAUCAAACUGGCCGUCCGCAUGGACAAACCCCCCAACAUGAAACACAGCGGGCACCUGUACGCUGUGGGCCAGAGAGUCUGGAAACGGUGGAAAAAAAGAUAUUUUGUUCUUGUUCAGGUGAGUCAGUACACGUUCGCCAUGUGCAGCUACAGAGAGAAGAAAGCCGAGCCUCAGGAGCUGAUGCAGCUGGAGGGCUACACGGUGGACUACUGCGACCCCCAGACAGGCCUGCAGGGCGGCCGGGUGUUUUUUAACGCGGUGAAGGAGGGCGACCUAGUGAUGUUUGCCUGUGAUGAUGAGCAGGACCGGAUGCUGUGGGUCCAGGCCAUGUACCGAGCCACCGGACAGUCCUAUAAACCGAUCCCACCGACGCAGAACAAAACCACAAACUGCAGAGGAGGAAUCCAGAAACCAGCAUCCCCCAUCAGUCUGGAUCCAUCUCAGCGUCAGGGGGUGGAGGAGUUGAUCUCUGCACCUCCGUGUCGCUUUGACCACGCCGCCCUGUUCACCAUUUUACAGAAGAACACUCUGCAGCACCGCAUGAACGACUCCUUCUCCUGCCUGGGUUGGUUCAGUCCUGGUCAGGUGUUUGUCCUGGAUGAGUACUGCGCUCGGUACGGUGUCCGAGGCUGCCACCGUCACCUGAGCUACCUGAAGGAUCUGAUGGAUUAUUCAGAGAACAGUGUUGUGGUCGACCCAACACUUCUGCACUAUAGCUAUGCCUUCUGCGCCUCCCACGUCCAUGGAAACAGGCCCGAUGGGAUGGGGACGGUGACCGUGGAGGAACAAGAGCACUUUGAGGCCAUCAGGAGUCGCCUCAUGACUCUGCUGGAAAACAAGAUCACACAUUUUAGGUACUGCUUUCCCUUUGGACGACCAGAUGGGGCCCUGAAGGCAACGCUCUCUCUACAGGAACGGGUUUUGAUGAAGGACAUCACCACACCUGUUCCCCCUGAUGAGAUGAAGAACUUAGUGCAGAAUUGUCUGGAAAAAGCAGCUGGAAUCAACUACAGUCAGCUGAUCGAAUUUGCUCAAAUCCACGUGGAUGCUCAGACAACUCCGGAGAAAAGGAUAGAGGACAUGAUGCGCCUGGGAGAGCUUUGCAUCGAAGUCCUGCAGCAGAACGACGAACAUCACUCCGAGGGAAGAGAGGCUUUCUCCUGGUGGCCGGAGCUGAUGACUGACCAUGCAGAGAAAUUUUUGUCUCUGUACAGAGCCGACAUGGAUGCCGCGCUGCAGGUCCAGCCUGUCGACUCCUGGGACAGCUUCCCAUUAUUCCAGCUCCUCAACAACUUCCUGCGAGCUGACCCUCACUUGUGCAAUGGGGCAUUCCACAAACACUUGCAGGACCUGUUCGUCCCCCUGGUGGUGCGCUACAUCGACCUGAUGGAGUCAUCCAUCGCCCAGUCCAUCCACCGCGGCUUCGAGCAGGAGACCUGGCAGUCUGUCAAGUCGUUAACUAACAAUCUUGCAAGCGUUCCUCUUCCCAAAGUCCCCAGCCUUCCUCUCACGCUGCCACAGAUGCCCAGCUUCUCUGCGCCCGCCUGGAUGGGACCGCUGUGUGAGAACACUAACGGCUCUGCCACCUCAGAGGAUUUGUUCUGGAAGCUGGAUGCUCUGCAGAUGUUCGUGCUGGACCUCCACUGGCCGGAGCCUGAGUUCGCCAAACAUCUGGAGCAGAGACUCAAACUGAUGGCCAGCGACAUGAUGGAGGCCUGCGUCAAGAGAACAAAAUCAGCAUUUGAUGCCAAAAUGCAGAAAGCAAGUAAGUCAACGGACUUCCGGGUGCCGCUGUCUGUCUGUACCAUGUUCAACGUGCUGAUGGAUGCCAAGAAACAGUGCUCCAAACUCUGCGUGCUGGACACCGGUCAGGAGAUUGACAAACAAUGGCAACAGUACCACUCCAAAAUCGAUGUUCUGAUUGACGAGGCGUUCAAAGACAUGAUUUCCUCCCUCGUCUCGAAGUUUGCCGCUGUUUUAGACUGCGUCCUCUCCAAGCUCUCGAGAUACGACGAAGGGACAUUCUUCUCUUCAAUCCUCUCUUUCACAGUGAAAGCAGCUGCCAAAUAUGUGGAAGUCCCUAAACCAGGGAUGGAUCUGGCCGACACCUACAUAACCUUCGUACGGCAGAACCAGGACAUCCUGCGAGACCGCGUCAACGACGAGCUAUACGUCGAGAAGGUGUUUGAUCAAUGGUACACCGGCUCCACGAAAGCGGUGUGUGUUUGGCUGACAGACAGACUGGACCUGCAGCUUCACAUGUACCAGCUGAAAACACUGAUCAAGAUUGUGAAGAAGACCUACCGUGACUUCAGGCUGCAGGGCGUCCUGGACGGCACACUGAACAACAAGAGCUACGAGACCAUCUACAACCGACUGACAGUGGAGGAAGCCUCAGCUGCAGUGAAGGCGGGCGACGGCCUGCAGGGUAUCAGCAUGAGAGACAGCGAUGAGGAGGACGAUUAAACACACACUCAUCAUACCUAUACACACCCUGUUACUACUGAUUUUCAUCCUCUCUAACAGAUCAGGACGUUCCAUCGCAGUUAAUGAUAUGUGUCCUCCACUGAGCUCUUCACUGAGCAGUUCUCACUAUAAACUGAAACUACAGCCAACAAAUUUAAUUUUAUAAAAAGAUGGCUGAAAAUGACAAGAAAAAGAUCGCUGCUGGACAAAAUCUACACAUGUUCUUGACUCAGUGAGCGCAAAAUAGAAACUAAAUGUAAGCUGGAGCAACGGUUGACUAAUAUAAUUGAACAGAACAGAAAUGGAUACCUACCUGGGCAAAAUAGCUUCGCUGUUAUCAACAACAGAACAAGUUGUGAAUGCAUUUUCUUUACUGAACUCUGCUUAUUUUUUCUCAAUAAAUGCAAAAACUGAGAUUACAACUGAAACUACAACAGUAAACAAUCAGUAAAUCUAUCUUAUGAUAAGAAAAGGGCAAAAACAGCAAGCCAAGAUGUGCUAAUGUUAGCUAGCGAGUCAUGUUGUUAACGCAUUCUGUUAAAAUCACCUUCAUUCAGGCAUUCAAGAAUGAAAAUGUAGAUUUUGUUUUAAAAGGGGGUAAAAAAUGUGAUAAAGAUACACAAGUCCAAACACCGUUACUGUGAAUUUAACAUUACGUAUGCUUGCUAACAUUUUCUUAAUAGCUAACAUUAUCUUGCUAGCUAACAGGCAAUAUAUUAAUUCAGACAGCUGUUUCUACAGAAAUACAGCUAGUUCAUGAUGAACAAAGGUGUGAUAUAAAACACAUAUAUAUUACAAAUUAUUGUUAGCGUCACUUAUUACAGUAAUAAUAGAAAUAAUAGAAAAAAUAUAUAUAGUGUAGUCCAGCAGUUAUGUAGCUUUCUUGGCCAACCAUGAAGAUAACUCCACUCAGACACGUACAGUUUGUUCAACAAGAUAAUCUUAACGAAUUAAAGGACAAGGUUGGUUUUGUUCUAUAAUUUGUAUUGUCAACAAAUCCCAUGAAAAUACCAAAAACGAACAAUGCUGUAGUCUGUUUUUCAGUACUUUCCAGGUUCCCUACCGUGUGAUGAAAAGGUGAAACCUUUUUAAGCUUUAGAGCCUAAACAAUAUUUUCUCGAUUGAAAAUCUUUCGGGGGAUAAAACAUUCAACUUUAAUAUUUUAGGAUUAAACCAUGUCACACUUUGUUGCUCUUCUCUUCCUAUGAUGUUAUGCAUGCAGAGUGCAGUUGCACAUGUGCAGUAGAGGCUACAUAUCAUUCAUCUUGAGUGAAGGUCCUGAUCAGGUAAGAGCAAACGCUCAGGUAGUGACCCCCUCCCCACCCGACCGCCCACCUUUUACCAAACCUGUCACAUGCUCGUUAUCCUGGACUUUGCUGUACAUGCGUGUUGAAAUGUACACGAGUGAGAAUGUAUGACAAACAGGAAGUCAAGGUGAGGCGAGGCAUCUGAAGGACACGGUGCUGACACAAACCUCGUCCUCCCUCUCUCACCUGCAGGACAGGAAGCCCCGCCCUUUUCGACGUGCAGCCAUACUCUAAUUGAUGUCAUUUUGUAUAGUAGAGCUCUGCGGUCGCUGUCAGUGCUGCUCCUUCCUGUUUUGUUGUAGCUUAUUGUUCAAAACAGAGUCUGACCAACCUCGCCGCCAUUGACAUCAUUUUCUUGACAGCAACAGCAGCCAGCUCAGCUGAACAAAAUUUGUUUUAUUUGACAGAAAGCUUGGAAUUGUAGGGUUCUAUUUGACUGUUCUAUUAAAACGUUAUUUACUGACAUCUUUGAAUGUUACUUUAUACUAUUGUGGUUUUAGCUUUGUUUAUAAACCUAUUUUAUUGAGUCAAAAGUCCUGCUAGCAUCCACUAAAUGCUGAAACAUAAUUAAUAGUUGUCACCAGUUAAACAACAACAUUGGUUGUUUGUUUAAACACGUAAGUCAGCCUAUGUUCACAUUUUCUUGACACGCGACCUCUUGCAGUUGUGCAAAUAAUGACAAGCAAAAGCAGAAGUAGCGUGACAUUGUUCUAGCACCCAAAAACUUGGGAUGGAUUAUUGGGUCAACUAAGCAUCUGACUAUGACACAGGAGACAGCUGUUCACAUCUUUGACUUUUCAAAACAAACGUUGACAAACAAUCUGAUGUUUCUCCCUGUUAACCAUGACCACAGUCUUUCUCUAACCUUAACCCAGUAGCUUUAAUUUAAGCUCACCAUAACCUUAAAGGUGUCAGAUCAGAAAACACUCAUAUGAGUCAUUUUAUUAGGCAGGGUUUGUUGUUGAGGUCGAAGGACUGCUCAAGGACCACCGCAAUAUGCUACUGAAUAAGCUGUUCUUUGAGCUUCACCAUGUCAUUGUCCUGAGUGUGGCCCUGCAAGAACGGUUGUGGGAUACGUAAAAUCUAAAGAGUUCUUCUUCUUUUGGGAAGCAAGAAUGUGCCCAGGAAAUUUCACGCAAUUAUGCUCAUUAGUUUUAGACAUUUCUUGUGUAAAUGAAAAGUUGACCUUCAGGAUGUUGUUAGGAGUUAUCCUCUCGGGACCAUGAAUGUCAAUACAUUUUAUGCCCCAUAGUUUUUAAAUGAUCUUGCUUUGGGCGUACAGGUCACCAUUAUUUGGCCCUAUAGCUGAAAUUAUAGCAAUCCAACCUUUGCCCAUUAUAAACAGAUCCACGACACACAAUUUACUUCCAGUGCCAAAGUUUUUUCACUGAUCUGUCUUUAUGUAUUGAGGCAGAAAGUAAGGUUAGGAUGGUAAAUGGGUAUGUAGCACAUUCGGCUAUUAUGCUGGUGACUGAUUUGCAUCCCAUCACAGAACAAAUUUAUGUUAGCUCCUGUUAACCACCACCACGAUCUUUACCUAAAAAGUGUUUCAGUUGCUUAAACUCUCCCAAAUCUUAAAGGAUAAUUAUGGUUUUAUUACAGUUUGGGUCUUCUUAGUUUUAUACAUCAAUUAUCAGCAAUAUUAACACUGUACUCACCAAGCUGACAUCUGGGAUCACGUUGACAUCUCUAAAAAGAAGUCAAAGAAGAUCCAGAAACACGAGCAGUUAGAAGAUCAGUCAGGUUGAAAAAUAAACCAACAAUUUAGCCAGUUUAUCAAAACCAACUAAACACAAAACAACUAAAAGUGUGUGCACCUGAAAAGUUGGUAAGAAAACGUCAUUGCAGACAACAACGUUUAGUACAGUAGGUCAAAGUUGAAGCAGGAAGUGGGUCUGUUAACUAUGGUGGAUGUUUAAAGUGCUUGAUAAAAAAAAUUACUGUCCACCUUCAUUUACCAUUCAAAGUAAGUUUGGGGUUUGUUUCCAACAAUCCAAUAUCUUUGAAAUGGAAAUAGACUCAAGUUUUAUGUUAUUGAACUUGACCCUUAACCAUAACCACACUUUCUAGUGUUCUUUCCAUUAUUACCAUACAGCAUUUGCAAUGCACAGAUAUAGUAAAAGCAACAAUUAAACAUUAGCGUUUAAUGCUCAGAUGCUUCAUCGCAGAAUGUAAUCCAGGGUUUUGCAGAACCUGCCAAAAGUACUGAAGAGCUUAAGGUUUGAUGUUUGUUUGGUGUCUCACAUUUGUAGUAGAACUCUUACAACUCCAAGCUAAUGAGAGGUUGCUGUGCUGCUGUAGUUUCUGAAUCCGAACCUUCUGUAACUCAAACUGUCCCCACUGUUAAACAACAACCAGUGGCCUCAGGUGGUAAAAUUUUUCUACUCUGGUUGUCCACUGCAAAAUUUAAAUAGCCCUGAAACAGGCUUCUGGGUUCUUUGAAAAGGUAAAACAAAUCAACGCAGGUCCAUACAAAAACGCAGAGUCAGAUUGGGCAGUAGUUGUUCAGAAUACCGACUACAUGCUGAUGUAGUUGUAGAUCUGCUGUCAUCUGUUCAUUGUGAUAGUUACUGUUGUGAAGAAUUAUGUUGAGCUGUAGAGUGAUAUGGUCGUACUGCCUGAUGUGCAUCAUAUCCAACAUCGAUCAAAGUCUUAGAAACGUGCCAAUGAACUGGAAAACUCUGGACUAUUUUUUUUUUUUUAACGGGACCGUCCUAUCUGUUUUUAAUCUGAUUGAUGGGUUUAAUCGGAUCAGCUGUGAGUCGACGAAGCGCCCCGUCACUGCUGUUCAUUCAUUGGCUGCCGUCUGUUUGUGUGGUGUUGUUGUUGGGAAAAAAAAGUUUACCUGUAAAUUCAGUGUAGGCCCUCCGAUCGACUGUGUGCAACAACCUGCCGUUUGUUUUAACUGUCCAAUCCAGUUUGUGUCAGUGCAGUUCAAAGGACAGAAACUAAAGGACAAAAACCUAUAUUAAGAUGUAUAUUUAUAUUGUCUUACUGUGCACCUGUUUUGUUCAGGUGUCUUAUCUAAGUGUCACUAUUAAAAAGUGUUUUUAAAGCA